AACCUAAAGAAGACAGUUGCACAAUCAGAAUAUUGAAGACAGUUACACAAUUUGGAAGUUGGAAGCUAAGCCUUAACGUCAACAUGGCGCAACUAGUUUUCCCUUUAUUGAUAGGAUCAAUUUGCAUAUGUGCAUCCCUUGCCUAUCAUCCUUCAUAUUUUUCGCGCUUCGGUUUACAAAGGACUCCGUCAUACAAGUACCGCCCCUUCGACUUUAAACGAGGCCGUUCCCGGUUCGACCGGAUUUCAAUGGGGUUUAUCAAAAGGGAUGGUGAGAUGCCAACUGAUACCUAUAUCGACGAUAACGAAAACACCGGGUAUUACAGUGACGAACAAGCAAUGCAAGACUUUCUUGUCGCUUUAAAGACUAUCAAAAACGCAGACAAGCAAGGGGUGUAUCAAAAAAGGUAUAUCGAUAGGGUUUCAUCAGGAUUUGUACGAAAGAAACGUUCUAUAACAGACCCAGAAACUAGCACUAGCCAUUUAAGUAAUGAUCUGAACUCAGACAAUAACAAAAAUCCAAAGAAAGACGAUACUAAAACUAAUGAAAAUGUUGAAUCAAUUAAGCUUGAAAAUUCGAAACGGUACAUUGACAGGAUGUCCUCGUCGUUUGUUAAAAAGGGAAUUGACCGUUUGACAAGCGGAUUCAUUAAAAAAGAUUUCAAUGACGAUGACAUUGCAGAUGCAUCAGCGAUCAAACAGCUUGAUCGUCUUCCAAUGCAAUUAGACAAAGCGGACGUAGAAAACAGUAAAACUCAUCCGAUGGCAGGUUUGAUAAAUGACGACGAUGCGGAAAUUGAAAAACGAGGUUUAGAUAGACUUGAUUCCGGCUUAGUGAAACGUCCGAUAGACAGAAUGUACUCGGGAUUUGUCAAACGUCCCAUUGAUAGGAUAUCUGGCUUUGUAAAGCGACCAUAUGAUGACUCUACGGACGAAAUAGAUAAGAGGAGGCUGGACCGCUUGUACUCUUCCUUUAUAAAGAAAAAUGCCGAUGUGUCACCCGAUAAACGAAGGAUUGAUCGGAUAAAUUCUGGUUUUGUAAAACGACCAAUGGAUCGAUUAUAUUCUGGUUUUGUGAAGAAAGAUGAUGAGGACAGUGAAGGUAGCAUACAAGCGGAAAAACGAUAUCUUGAUCGUAUGUACUCGGGAUUUGUAAGAAGAAAUGACGGCACAAAUGAUUUGAACGGAUAUGAAAAUGAUAUAGCUGAUAUAGAGAACGAUAAACGAGGAUUUGACAGACUAUACAGUGGGUUUGUAAAGAAAAGUGAAAAUGAUAUUGAUGAAUCCUCAGUAGAUACAUUGGACAAUAUUUAUGAUAUGAAAGAAGACAAAAGGCGAUUAGAUAGGCUAUACUCUGGAUUUGUGAAGAAGGAUUCUGAAGAUAAAUAUGGGCCUCAUGAUGACGUAAUGUUAGCUGAUAAAAGACGUAUUGAUCGAUUGUCAAGUGGGUUUGUAAAAAGACCUUUUGACAGACUUUACUCGGGGUUUGUAAAGAAAGACAGGACCAACCAUGAUGCCGAUUUCUUCGACGAAAGCAAAAGAUACAUUGAUCGUUUAAAUUCAGGAUUCGUGAAAAGGAACAUUGAUCCGGAAUCAUCACUUAAUCAACGACGAAGGCGGAGUUUGGGUGAUUUUAGAAGUCGCGUGGAUCGAAUCGGCUACGGAUUCAUAAAAAGGAGCGACCCGUUCAAUACGAAUGCAUAUAAUAAUGACAACUACACAUUCGCAAAUAAACGCCGCCUUAGUAGACUACAGAGUCUUUUUUUGUAACAUAAAAGAGUGUUUUGUUUGACAAUCUCGAAUUCAUUGGAAAUAAAUGACCGACGGGAGUGUGACUCUUUUGGUAAAAUCCAAGUUUCUAUAACAAUAUUUGUACAAAUUCAAGGACACGACCUGUCGCCGAAACAUCUUCUAGAAAUGUGAUUAAUUAACUUAAAAUUAGUAAGGAAAACCGAAAUUCAUUCAUUGUAACUUUUCCGGACAUUUCUAUAUGAUUAUUAAAAUCAAUUCUUGGUUUGACACUUAAACUUAUUAAGAUUAAUAUGUAAAACAAAUCUGGUUAGGUCAGAGGGUGUACAAAUAAAAAAUUGUGAAAAAAUGUACAAACGUGUAGUGCAUGCGAUGGGACACGUAUUCAAAUAUGAUGCAUGAGUGGGGAUACAGAAUGAAUGAAACUGUUCCUAUAUUUGGCUACGGCAAAUUUGUCAAAGUGAUUUAUUAGUCAUUAUUGUUAAAAAAAAUACAAGUUAACAAUUCAGUAUUUUAUUGUGCAAAGUAGCCUGAAUACAACCAGUGGACAACUUAUCAAACGUUAAUACAAUGGGCUGCUGGCGAAGUCGAAAGUGGUUCUUUAAUGGAUUUUAUGAUAAAGUGACGAUGAAUGGUUUUAUUACAUCAAUUACAAACUUUAGUCCAAGGUAUAAAGUCAAAAGUGAAAAGUUAACGUGUUGUUUGUAAUGGACAAGGUUUUGAAUGAGCUAUUAUGUUAUGUGUGAAAAUAAUGAAUGCGAUAAUGUUUACUUGCAUGUAAAUGUUAAGCUUUGUGAUAAUUGUUUUGUUUUUCUAAUUGUUUUAUGCACCAGCUUCAUCACUGUAAAUCCCAAAUUCUUAAUGCCUCCUUUUAGUUCUUACGGCUUUCAUAUGAAUUUUUUUUAUAUUACCCGCAACAAAUAAACGGAUUUCUCUGAUAAAUUACAGAUGCAUUACCUCAAACUAUAUUAAAAAAGUUUGAUUUUCAACUUGUAUAAAAGUCUCUCUUCAAAUGAUGAUAGGCAUAUAUGCAUAUAAAAAUAAUUUUGUGAAACGUAUUAACAAUGCUUACUUAUUCUAUUACGUUUAUCGGAGAAAUAUCAUCGUUAGUUUUCACCGUAGUACUUUCGCUUCAGUGACGAAAUGAUUGCAUUGAUGUAUUGCUUUAAUAUGGUAUCGCUGUAGUGUUCCUGGCCCAGGUUGAAAUAUUUACAUGACGUCGGGACGUGACGUUCCUUUGAUUUAAGAUAAACUAUCAUACUUCUCCGCUGAUCACAGAACAUUAUUUGUUAACUCGUUGCUGCGCUUACCGUAAAAAUAGUGCUUUUUGUGAUAGCUCGAUGAGGUUGAUAUGGGAAUUGAUGGGGAUAGUGGUUGGUAUAUAUUUAUCAGUUUUAAACAUUGUAAUUAUCAAUUUUAUAUAUUUCACUGCUCGGUCAAAUUUCCGCAGACACAGGAAUAGGACACAAUAAAAAUAACGAAUUGGCAUGACUUGCGCAUUCACUUUGACGCUUUGUUUUUUUUAAAAAGUGUUUUUACAUCAAAUGCAUUUUUACAAUCGUUUGAAAUUAUGUUGUAAUGGAUGCCUCGGAUUGAAACAUGUUUAAUUAUGAAAUACCGGAACUCAACAGGUUAUAGUUAUACACAUAUAUAAUUUUAAUUUGAAAGUGAUAAUCUUAUUCACAAUUAAAUCUUACCAUGAUCAAAAUAAAGGCAAAGAAUGUAUAUUUUCUUAACGCAGAGAUCAAAGUAUAUACACGUUGUGGCCUAAUGUUAGCAUAUUAUUUUUAUAUGCAUUACAAGAAUAAUAAGAGUCAACGUAUUUGAACUUUAUACAGUAUAUUUUAUUUUACAUCGAUUGCUAUUUCUUAUUCUUAUAUUGCCUGUUCUGUAUAAUUUAUAGUCCAAACAUUUAUUGAUUUAAACAAUCCGGGUAAAUUAUUUCGAAAACAACGUUGGAUGUUUGCCAUUACAUCAGUUAACAUUUAAGGUAAUAAUGUUGGUUGCUAAUUAUAGUUUUGCCAUGUAUUUUGUAAAACUAAGUCUACAUGUAUCGCCAUUGAAGUGCAUCAGUGCCUAAAUACUUCUAGUCUGAUUUCCAAGAGAAAGUUAUUACGUUUAACUACUUAAUUUAAAUUCAUACGCGAUCUACUUGCAGCGUAGAUGAAUGUUUCUGAUAUUGAAAACCGUCCAUAUGCGUCCAAGGCUCUGUUUGCGAUUGACAAUGACUGAGGUGUUUCGAAUGCGAUUUAAACAUGUUGUGAGAUCACGCUUUUUACCGAUGACACUUGUUAUUCGAUUGUUCUCCGUUAACAAUUAAAAUAUUUUAUGACCGACCCUUUUUGUUUUGUGUAAAUAACACUGAAAAAUAUUAUGAAAUUCAAGAAAACAGUAUGACUCCGAGAACAAAUAUCACAUUAUGGUAAAUGAUUUUAAGGAAAUGUUUUUUUUCUUUAAAUUGCGAUUUCUUUUUAAGUUAUGAUUCCUGGUGGCGCAACAAUAUUAGAUUUAGCACUAGGUAUUAGCUUUGUAAAUUAUCGCUGCAAAUAUCGAAUCCCAGAACCAAUGCACUACAGGGUUUGACGCAUGUUGUUGAACAACCAUAUGGAUGGACACAGUCGAAUCCAUAAGACACAAAUCACACGCUCCACAUAAAUAAUAAUACAAAAACGCUUUGUGGGAACGCGCUUUGUUAUCUAAGGUUAAAAAUUGAUAUUAACAUUAAUUGAAUUUCAAAAUAUUCAUGGAACUUGGUAAACACGUUUGUCAUAUUGAGUUCUAGAAAAAGGUUCAAAAUAAAAUACGAUCCAUGUUUAUUUAAAAAAACCCUGGUUCAGGGAGUUCAUUACUUUUAGCCAUAUUGGGUAAAUAUUACACCUACAUACCUGGGUUUUUCACAUGCUAACAAAAUAUAGAGGAUAUUUGUUUAUUUCAGUGUAAGAUUGUAUUUUAUUUUACGAGUGUCAUAGAAAACCUGAGGGUUUUUCUAUGAUCAUUAGUGAAAUUAAUUACGAUCUUACCCUAAAAUCAACAAAAUUCUGUUCCAUUUAAUAUUAUUAUGUUCGGUGAUUAAUUAGUAGUUAAAUUCAUUUCACGUUUUCCUCGCCACUACCCGUGGGACGCCCCUUACGCAAAAUGAUAGCUAAUGACAUAGCUGUCAUUUUCUUUUUCCGGUUCGUGGACAAAAAGUUUCUCGAUAUUUUCUUUCAUAAUUUAUUAUGCACUGGUUAAGAAGCGCAAACAUUUUAUGAACAUUUAUCAAUUAACUUUUAUUAAUGUACGUAUGUUACGAAAAUAACGAAAACACUUUUAAAUCUAACAUGCAUGAAAAAAUUACCAAAUUACUACUAAAUUUUGAAUGGUGUAACGUUUUAGCCAAACAACAGCGGAUAGUCAUUGGAUAAAAAAAUAUUUCUUAGUUUUGGAGUUUGUUUCAUGAUACAUUGGUAUUAACUCAUCACUCAUUGUCGGAGACCAGUCUGAUUCGCCUUAAUGACAGGUCGUUUUCAAGGUCAAAAUCAGGUGGAUAUCACGUUUGGUUGUUGACAAAUUUUGAAGCGUGGGUGAGGUACAAAAAUCAAAAGUUAAUCAGUUAAUUUUUGUUCGAAGUGUGUAUUAAAACGACAAACAUUACAUUUUUUUGCAAGUUGUUUAUUUCGAAACAUAUAUCUUAACUUAAACUAAUGUAACUGGUUCAGAAGUGACGUGCUUGGUUUUUAUCAAGAGGAAGUAACUAUAAUAGUUUUUAAAGUAGAUCUUAAUGUUUAUUAUUUUAACUUAUUAUUUUCUGUGAAAAUAUCAAAUUGAUAAUUUCACUGUUGUUAUUUCACUGAUAAAACUUCAUCGAAAAUGGGAGGAAAUAUUUUAAAAUAUAUUCAUUUUAUCGAUUUAAAAGGAUUUGGUCUUGGGAGAUACUAUAUUAUACCAACGUCUACACGUGAUUAUUGUUUACAAAUAAGAAUGUUUGUGGAAAUAUACUAUAAGGAGACAAAAUAAGUAUCUGUGUAUAUUUAUUUGGCAUAACAAUUUCUUAAAUGACUAAUGCAAAUUGAAAUAUAUAUUUUCAAAACAGAUACAUGUACAAAUAGUCGUUGAUAACUAUAUCGUUGUUUAAACUGUUUCUUAUACAUAAUUGUAAUUUGAUCUUGUACAAUUUGUUAAAAUUGUUUUUAUU